GUGAAGCGUAUUAUUAAUUUACUAACGGUCCCACAGAGACUGAGUUUGUGCAGUUUACAAUUUUUGUACUUCUAUUUUAUUAUGAAUGCCUGAGAUUUUGGCUUUUUCGUUACUAUUCACAAGCUUCCAAACACUGGCAAAAAUGGGUCUGUGUGUGCUUUUAAUUCACUUAAGAGAUCUGUGUUAUGUUAAAUGUUGGUGACUACACAAAUUUUAAGAACAUGAGAAAAACUUCAUUAAAAAAUGUAACAAAAUGUAAACAGGAUAUUUAGCUUAUGUCAGUGACAGACUGAAGUAUCCUCUUCCCCCAAAGACGUCAGUACAGUAUUUUUCUUCUGGUCAAUUAGUUAUAAACUUGUUUCUUGACUCGAAAAUUUUUUAAGUUUAAAAAAAUAGUAACCUAGACUAAAUUUAAACAAAUGGUCUUAUUUUUACGCUGUUUCAAAAAAAUCAUGGAAAGUAUACAUUAAAAUCUCUGAAUUAUAGUUUUUUUUUUUAGACUUGAAGGGGACUUGGAAGUAUUUACUUCAAACACAUUGAGAACGCGUUGAAUUCACACUGAAAACAAAACACAAAUACAGUGUUUUUCAAGGGAGAAAGUGAUUAUCUUAUCAGGCGUCGGACUGCAGAGCAAGGGCAAGGCAUAAAACGAUCUUUUCUCAGCUCAUGGUCUUGCGCUCAUUCGUUGCAGAACCCUCAGAGGUGGCAGGUCUUCAGACAGGACGAUUCGCUUACACCUGCAGAUCACAAAGCACCCGGGAUCCAGAGGGAAGAAGUGACUUGGCUAAGACCCGAGGCCGCUACCCAGAGGCCAUUCCAUUCUUCAUGACUCUCCUAGAGAUCAUUUCCAGGCUCCUGUCCAGAUGACUGGACAAUCGCGCGGCUUAGGCUUCGUCUCCCUGUUUCCAAGCCUCGUUUUCUCGUCCCUGCUGCCGUCCGAGCAGGCGUUCUAGGUAGGCGCCCACGAGCAGAACCCGGUGGUGCUGCAACAGGCCGCCCCAGAGGCAGGCACAGGCCUAGAUGCGGCCCGGGCUCCGGCGCCGCGUGAUAAAGCCCAAAAUAGGUGCAGACCCACACGUGUCCCCGCCGGCGCCCGGGCCUCCGCUCCAACGCCCAAUCGCUGCGGCCGCCUGGCGCUCGGGCCGCGUGGGCCGGCGCUCGGAGACCCGUCCCGGGAGACACCGCCCGUCGCCAUGCGCUUCAGGUUCGGGGUGGUGGUGCCGCCCGCCGUGGCCGGUGCCCGCCCGGAGCUGCUGGUCGUGGGGUCGCGGCCGGAGCUGGGGCGCUGGGAGCCGCGGGGCGCCGUGCGCCUGAGGCCGGCGGGCACGGCGGCGGGCGCGGAGGCGCUGGUGCUGCAGGAGCCGGGCCUGUGGCUCGGGGAGGUGGAGCUGGCGGCCGAGGAGGCGGUGCAGGACGGGGCGGAGCCGGGCCGCGUGGACACGUUCUGGUACAAGUUCCUGAAGCGGGAGCCGGGAGGAGAGCUCGCCUGGGAAGGCAAUGGGCCUCACCAUGAUCGUUGCUGUACUUAUAAUGAAAACAACUUGGUGGAUGGUGUUUAUUGUCUCCCAAUAGGACAUUGGAUUGAGGCCACUGGGCACACCAAUGAGAUGAAGCACACCACAGACUUCUAUUUUAACAUCGCCGGCCACCAAGCCAUGCAUUAUUCAAGAAUUCUACCAAAUCUCUGGCUGGGGAGCUGCCCUCGCCAAGUGGAACAUGUAACCAUCAAACUGAAGCAUGAAUUGGGCGUUACAGCUAUAAUGAAUUUCCAGACUGAAUGGGAUAUUGUCCAGAACUCCUCAGGCUGUAACCGCUACUCAGAACCCAUGACUCCAGACACCAUGAUUAAGCUGUAUAAGGAAGAGGGCUUGGUCUACAUCUGGAUGCCAACACCAGAUAUGAGCACCGAAGGCCGAGUACAGAUGCUGCCACAAGCCGUCUGUCUCCUUCAUGCCCUUCUGGAGAACGGACACACCGUGUAUGUCCACUGCAACGCUGGAGUGGGCCGCUCCACUGCCGCCGUGUGCGGCUGGCUCCAAUAUGUGAUGGGCUGGAGUCUCAGGAAGGUCCAGUACUUCCUCAUGGCCAAGAGGCCAGCUGUGUACAUUGAUGAGGAUGCCUUGGCCCGCGCACAAGACGAUUUCUUCCAGAAGUUUGGGAAGGUUCUCAUUAAUCAAUGAAAAUUGGCAAUUACAUGAAAAAGCAGGUCAAAGGGGAAGACACCACAAUGAAGACAUGAAGAUGGAAACUUGAAGAGUGUGCCUGAGACAAUGAAAGCGCAAAGCUGUCUCAGCUUUAGCUACUUGUCAUUAGUAUUAACAAAACUUUUCAAACACGGCUUUCUCAAGGAAAACCCUAAGUCUUAAAUCAUGUUAAAGAAAUAUGCAAAAGGGGUGGAUUUUCUUAAAUUUAAAAUAUGUUCCUUCCAUUAUUUUCUGUGCUGAUGUUAGGUACAGUCUUUAAAAAAACACAUAAUGUCUAUGACAAACAUUAAGUAUUUAGCUUGACCUAAGAAAUAAUAAUGAAACAAUGUAUUCAGGACCUUGGAAAUGAUAGAUUUGAAAGCAACUUAGGUAGAAAAUGAAGACUUGCCACACAUGAAAAACCACUGAAUAGCUAAAUAUAGUCAUUUAGAUCAGAAGUAAAGCUGAAAGUAUCUUUAGAGAUCAUGUCACCUCAUUCCAGACCCAGAGAUGUCAUAUGACUUUUUCCUAUAGCAAGGAGGAAAACUCUGGAUAAGGCAGGAAGAUAGACUCUGGUGUCGAAAAAUUGUAGAAAUCACAAAAAUGAGAGCAGAUAUUGUUAGUGGGGAAGAGUUGGUGGGAGGUUUAAUGGAAAUUGGAGUAAGUACAAGAAAACUGGCUAAGAUGAGAAAUAGCAAAGAAUAGUGACAUUUACAAAAGAAGAAAAUGCAGUUUAAAGUGGGGGCAUUGUGGGAGGUCAGGGCAGGUGCCCAGGAUAGUGAGGCAUGCUAAGUAUCCACCUCCUUCUCUUCUCUGCUUAUAUUACAGCAGGAAAAAGGGUCAGCUAGGUGUAGUUUGUUAUCAAAUCAUGGGAUGGCUGCGCAAUUGCUUAUUAUCUGCUAGGAAAAAGAGAGGGGCCGACAUUGUUGCCUAGUCGAUUGGGCUGCUCCCUGAGACACUGGCAUUCCAUAUGAAUGACAGUUCUAAUUCCUGCUGCUCUACUUCCAAUCCAGCUCCCUGUUAAUGUGCCUGAGAAAUCAGUGGAAGAUAGCCCAAGUGCUUGGGUUGCUGAACCCACAUGGGAGAUCUGGUAGAAGCUUCUGGUUUCUGGCUUUGGUCUGGCUCAGCCCUGCCCGUUGCGGCCAUUUGGGGAAUUAACCAGCGGAUGGGAGAUAUCUCUGUCUCACUGUCUCUCUAUGAACCAGCGGAUGGGAGAUCUCUCUGUCUCACUGUCUCUCUCUCUCUAUUUCUCUGUAACUCUGCCUUUCAAAUAAAGGAAGUCUUUAAAAAGAGAAUCUGUUAGAAGACAGGAAUAUGGAUAAAGGGGAAGGAUAGAUGAUGUUACUUCCAUUUGAACAAUAAUAAUGAUAAUAAUAAAGUAAGAGAAAGAACAACAGUAACAACUCUGUUCUUUCCAUCCCUAAACCAUUAUUCCAACAGACUUCACCAGUUGGUUAAUGCAAAAAUGUUGCUGAAAGCUUGGUCGCUGUCCCUGAUGUCAAAUCAAAAUGAGGACAAGGUUUUGGAGUGAAGGAAAGAGUACAUUUAAUCCAUCAACAUUUAUCUAUUGACAGAGUCUCAACAGCUACCACUUUGUUGAAUGAAGUGUUACGGGAUUUAUAAAGGAGCUCCUCCACCACAUUGACAAAUCAAAGUUCUAACUGAUGAACUUUUGGGAGAUACACUCAAACCAUAGUGCAUCCUAACCUCAGAGUCAUCCUUGAUGCUUCUCUGCCUUUCAAAUGUCAGGUUUGACCCAUCAGGAAAAUAUGUCAAGGAUUACCUGUAGUCUCCAUGCUUCACCUCCUUCAACAGCCAACCUGGUCAGAGCCAGCAUGAUCUCAAAACAGAUUUCAGCAAUGAUCUCCUACCUGGUCUCCCUGCCUCUAUUCUCUCUCUCUCUCUCUCUCUUAACCCCUACAAUUAUCAAACAACGACACAGUGGCCAGGGUAAUCCUAUGAAAAUGUGCCUCAGAACAUUUCACUUCUGUGCUCAACAUCUACAAUAACUUUACAGGUCACUCGGGUGCAGGUCAAAGCCUUUCAAGGACGUACACAAUGUGGUCCUUUGUAACCCUCUGAAUCAUUUACUGCUGCCUUCCACCUCAUCCACUCUGCUCUAGUUACACUGCCUACCUUGCUGUUCUGUGAAUAUACUGGGAAGAUUUCAGCCUCAGGGCCUUUGCGCUUGCUGUUCUGUAUACCUGGAAUGCUCUUUGAACAGGUGUGCAGAUGGCUUGCCCCAAUACCUCCCUCAGUAAUGCCUCUCUAGAUAACUAUUAAAAUUGCCAAUCCUGGCCUUAUCUGUCCACAAUCUCUGCUUUACUUUUCUUCAGUGGACUUGUUGACAGACAUACAAUGUAAAUUACUAAUUCACUUUAUUAUAGACAUCUUGUCACUCACUACAAUAUAAAUCUCAAAGGUAAACAUUUGUAUCUGUUUUGUUUGAUGAUAUACCAAAGAGUGACUGCAACAGAGUUUGUACAAAAAUACAAUGUUGCAGGUGUUUGCUUCUUUUUUCCUUUUUUAAAGAUUUAUUUAUUUAUUUGAAAGGCAGAGUUACAGAGAGGCAGAAGCAGAGAAAGAGAGGUCAUCCAUCUGCUGGUUUACUCCCCUAGAUGUCCACAAUAUCUGGAGCUGCACUGAUCUGAAGCCAUGAGCAUGGACCCAAGGACUUGGGCCAUCUUCCACUGUUUUCCCAGAUCAUAGCAGAGAGCUGGAUGAGAAGCAGAGAAGCCAGGACUCCAACCAGCACCCAUAUGGGAUGCUGGCACUGCAGGUGGUGGCUAUACCUGCUAUGUCACAGCACUGGCCCUGCAAUGUUGUUUUCUAAGUGCUUUACAAUGCUAUGAAAUAUUAUCCCUAUUUUACAGAUAAAAAUAUGGUUAUAGAGAGAAUAUAAAUUCAUUCUAUAGAAAACCAAAAGUUUCCCUCCUGAUUUGUGGAGUCAGCUGUGAAUCAAAUGCACUUUGUUAGCUCUAGCCACAUCACAUUAUGACAGUACUUCAAAAACUUCAUGGGGAAAUAGAAUUAAGCCGUAGGUCUAUUUUGAUGCAAACUGCUUUUGAAAUUUACUGGUGCUUUUGUCUUAAUAUGUAUUUUACAUGAACUUUUAGAAGAGCUCUGCACAUGAAUUUCAAGGGAAUUUUUGCUCUUAAUUCUAUUUCCAUGAACUUUUUGAAGAACUUGUUGCAGUAGUUUUUGAUGGAAGCUUUGAUAAUGUUUCAUGGAAUGGGUGCCUUAGACAAUGAUGAUUCAAUCUCUCGUAGUUCUGGAGACUUAAAAUUCAAGAUCAGAGCAUCAGCAGAGUUAGUUUCCACUGAGGACUGUGAGAAAGAAUCUCUUCCAAGGCAUUUUCCUAUUUUCUGGUAGUUUGCCAUCAAACUUGGCUUGUAGGGCAUCACACUGUUCUUUCUUUCCUCUUCAUGUGACAUCCUUUAUGUGUAGGACUCUGUGUCCCAAUUUCCUCUAUUUAUAAGGGCACCAGUCACUUUGGGUCAGAUCCAUUCUACUCUAGUACGACUCCUUGCUAACUAAUUGUAUCUGUAAUUGCAGUAAUUUCAAAUAAGGGCAUGUUCUAAAAUAAUGGAGGCUAUGAAUUCAACAUAUGAAUUUGUGUGGGGGGGCAUAAUUCAACCCAUGACACUAUUGAAGUCAACUAUCUGAACACUAUGGAGAAUGAAAAACAAAACAAAAAAAAUUGAAGUGGAUUAAAGAGGAAUGGACAUUUGAAGGAAGAGGCAAGAAUGGGAUGAUUUUCCAUUUACUCUUGUUUAGUUUGUAAAUGAGUACUACUGAAAGAUUGUCAAAUAUAGACAGAAAAUAUGAACCAAUCAAAUACAAUGAUGGAUUCCUGUACUGUAAUUAUAUCAGGUAAAUCAGCAAUAUUAUUGAAAGGAAUAUUUAAAACCCUGUGAAAAAAAUAUUGUGUCAUCAAAAAUAAAUUCAAAUUGGAUUCAAGACUUAAACAUAAGACCUGAAAACUAAAGUGAACCUAAGGGAAAAAGUUCCUUGGCAUUGGUGUCGGCUAUGACAUUUUUGGAUGUGACACCAAAAAUGCAGACAACAAAGGUAACAAUAAACAAGUGAGAUUACAUCAAACUAGUUUCUGCACAGUAAUGAAAAAUUCACCAAAAUGGAAAGGCAACCUACAGAAUGGGAGAAGUAUUUGCAAACCAUAUGUCUAAUAACGGAUUAAUAUCCAAAAGAUAUAAGGAACUCAAGUCAAAAGUAAAAACCAAAUGACAAACUUAAAAAUCUGCAAAGUACUUAUAUAGAUGACAUAGAAAUAGUCAGUAGGCAUAGGAAGAGGUGCUCAAUAGCUCCUAUCAUCAGGGAAAUGCAAAUUAAAACCACAAUGAACUAUUAUCAAAAUGGUGGGUGAUUACUCAUGUAUUUGGUCCUAUUUGUACUCAUUUAGUUUUUAUUUUUUUUAAAGACUUUAUUUAUUUAUUUGAGAGGUAGAGUAACAGACAGUGAGAGGUUCACUCCCCAGAUGGCUGCAACGGCCGGAGCUGUGCCAAUCUGAAGCCAGGAGCCAUGUCCUUCCUGGUCUCCUGCAUGGGUGCAGGUGCCCAAGGACUUGAGCCAUCUUGUAUACUUUCCCAAGCAAUAGCAGAGAACUGGAUUGGAAGACAGGAGGCCAGGACUCGAACCAGCACCCAUAUGGGAUGCCAGUACCUCAGGCAGAGGAUUAACCUACUGCACCAAGGCACUGGCCCCGAAUUUAGUUUUUAUUUCAAAAAAUUGUUUUGCUUUUCUGUUUCUUUUCUUUAAUUCUUUUUAAUUUAAAAAACAUAUAAAAGGAACACUUUUAAUGUAUUCAUACAUACAGUUUUAAGAACAUAAUGAUAGUUCCCACAAGACUUCUCUCACUCCAACCCUUCCUCAUCCUUCAUUUCAUAUAUAGGUGUUUAUAUAGUAUACUAAUAAAUACACUAUAUAUAUUAUACUAUAUAUACUAUACAUUUGCUUAUAUAUAUAUGUUAAUCUUCACAUUGACAUUUUUUCAAUUUAUUUUAUAAUCACAAGCUUAAACCUCCAUUAAAUAAAGAAUUCAACAAGUAGUCAGUAAAACUCACUGUUACUUCGGAGCAUUGACUAAGGGCUAUAGACAAUAUUCAAAUCCCAGGAUGUCAAUUUCACUCAUAUACAUUAUAACUUUUGUUCUUCAUAUAUUAAUUAUGACAAAACAUGGGAAAUAUAUUUGUCUUUUUGGCACUGGCUUAUUUCACUAAGCAUAGUGGUCUCCACUUGCAUUCAUUUUGUUGUGAAAGAGAGGAUUUCAUUCUUUUUUUUAAUGGCUGAGUAGAAUUCCAUCAUGCAUAUAUAUUACAAUUUCUUUAUAUAGUCCUCAAUUGAUGGAUAUUUGGGUUGAUUUCAUAUCUUAGCCAUUGUCAGUUGAGCUGCUUUAGAUAUGGAUAUACAGAUAACUCUCAUUUGCUGAUUUCAUUUCCUUUAGAUAAAUUCCCAGUACUGGGAAGGCUGGGUCAUAUAGUAGGUCUAUUUUCACAUUUCUGCAGAAUCUCCAUACUGCCUCCAUAAUGGUUGUACUACUUUACACUCUCACCAACAGUGUAUUCAGGUACAUUUUCCCCGUCUCUUCACUAGCACUUACUUUUUGGAUUUUUGAUAGCCAUUCUAACUGGGGUGAGGUGAGACCUCAUUGUGGUUAUUAGUGGCAUUUCCCUGAUGGCUAGUGAGCCUGAGCAUCUUUUCAUGUGUCUGUUGGCCGUUUGUAUUUCAUCAUUUGAAAAAAAUGCCUAUUCAUAUCCUUAGGGCAUUUCUUAACUGGAUUGUUUGUUUUGUUGUUGUUGAGUUUCUUGAGCCCUUUAUAUAUCCUGGGAAUUGUUCCUUUAUCAGAUGUACAGUUUGAAAUAUUUUCUCCCAUUCUGCUGUUGCCUAACUUUACUUUAUUGAGUGUUUCCUUUGCUGAGCAGAAGCUUCUUAGCUUGAUAUAAUCCUAUUUGUCUAUUUUUGUCUUUAUUGCCUGUGCUUCUGAGGUCUUAUCCAAGAAGUCUUUGCCUAUGCCAAUGUCUUGCAGUGUUUCUCCUGUGUUUUCCCAUUGAUUAUUUCAGGUCUUCUGUCUAGAUCCCUGAUCCACUGUGAGUUGAUUUUUCUCUAUGUUAUGGUUUAUGUAUGUUAUGGUUUAAGUUAUGGGUUUUGUUUCAUAGUUCUGCUUGCAGAGAUCCAAUUUUCCCAACACCAUUUGUUGAAGAGACUGUCUGUUUUCCAGUGAUUGAUUUUAGCUUGUUUGUCAAAGAUUAGUUGGUUGUAGAUGCAUGGAUUAAUUUCUGGGGUCUCUAAUCAAGUCCAUUGUUCCACAGGUCUAUUCUUGUGCCAGUACCAAGCUGUUUUGUUAAUAACUGGCUUUUAAUAUGUCUUGAAAACUGUUAUUUUCUUGCCUGCAGCUUUAUUUUUAUUUUUUUGGAUUGCUUUAACUAUUUGGGGUCUUUCAGAGUCAUUUUUUUAGAUUUGAGAAGAACAUUUUUGGUAUUUUAUUGGGAUCCCACUGAAUCUGUUAAUUGCUUGUGGAUAUUUGGAUGAAAUUUAUUCUUCCAAUCCAUUAACAUGCAAGAUUUUUCCAUUCUUUUUUGUGUUUUAUUCUAUUUCUUUCCUUAAUGUUUUGUAAUUUUCAUUGUAGAGUUCUUUCACGUGUUUGGUUAAAUUUAUCCCAAGGUAUUUUAAAGUUUUUCUAGCUAUUGUGAAUGGGACUGAUCUUACAUGUUCUCUCUCAGCCAUGCCAUUGUUUAUGUAUACAAAUGAUAUUGAUUUUUGUGUGUUGAUUUUGUAACUUGCUUUUAUUCUUAUAACAAAAUAACUUAGACAUUGACUUAUGUCUGCUUGCCUUUAUGACAAUAUCACAAGUAUAAUUAUGAGUUGUUUUGGAUAUGCUUCCCCUUUUGUUUUAUUUCCAGAUCUAUUGUUACCACCUCAUUUCAUUUUUUUGGCUGUCUUGCCUUCCUCAGCUUCCAUUAUGACUGAAAAUUUUAAAUUCAGUGACUCUCAAGAUCCCAGUGACCAUACUAUUGUCCAUGUCACCUACAAUACUCUAGCCCUCUUAAGGGAUUCUGAGCCACAUUUGUUUUGCUUUAGUUCAUCCAUCAACACACUUCCCAAUACAUUCUAUCAUGCUGAAAUAUCUUAUCUCCUAGUAAUCCUUAACUGUCUCUUCAUUGUUGCAGGUAGAUUUCUAUCUUCGGAUUUUAUAUUGUAAUUUCCAUUCAAAUAUCAAGAGGAAUAGUGUAUUUGUCAUUUUAUUUUAUUUUAUUUUAUUUUUUUUUUGACAGGCAGAGUGGAUAGUGAGAGAGAGAGAGACAGAGAGAAAGGUCUUCCUUUUUGCCGUUGGUUCACCCUCCAAUGGCCGCCGCGGCCUGCACGCUGCAGCCGGCGCACCGCGCUGAUCCGGUAGCAGGAGCCAGGAGCCAGGUGCUUUUCCUGGUCUCCCCAUGGGGUGCAGGGCCCAAGCACCUGGGCCAUCCUCCACUGCACUCCCUGGCCACAGCAGAGGGCUGGCCUGGAAGAGGGGCAACCGGGACAGAAUCCGGCGCUCUGACCGGGACUAGAACCCGGUGUGCCGGCGCCGCUAGGCAGAGGAUUAGCCUAGUGAGCCGCGGCGUGUAUUUGUCAUUUUAAACUGGAAUUUUCUCAGUCAUCUAUAUCAAUCACAUCCAAAUCUCAAUCCUCAUUGUAAAGCUCUUUGCUGAGUGCCAGGUUCAUACAUCAAUAUUUUUCUGGACAUUUCUCAGGGUGUCUUCCAAACUCAAUAUUCCACAAACUGAAGUUCCCAUUCCUUUUUCAAACUUUCCAUAUUUUCUCUGUUGGGAAGACAUUGAUAAUAUCUCCCUUCUACUUGUCUACAUCAGAAGCUUGACCAUCCUUUAUGCCAUUUCUUCCCACUCACCUCCCCCCAACCACUUAACAAAUUCAAUUACAUUUCCAAAUAUCUGUUCAGUGGAUCUGCUCCUCUUUAUGAUGUCUGAUUUGGAUUACUAAGGUGCCUUGAUGUAUUUUUCUUUAACUACUUUUACCCCUUUCCAGACCAUUCUUUAUAUGACUGCCAGGGAAACUUUUCUAUUGCAAGCUUGAUACUAUCUCUUCAUUAGAGCCACUGGGUGGCUCCUCACUGAUCUCAGGAAAAAGUAGCAAACCUUCAUGUAAUGUGUAAAGGCCUGGAUAAUCUGGACUAUGCCUUUCUUUGGUCUCCCUGUCGUCCCAAAAAGCACCCCCCAAAAAGUACCCUCCAGCCACAGUGAAUUACUUAAAUGUUCUAUGCCUUUUUUAAAAUCUGAUUUCUAUACUUCUUCCUGUCUUGGAAUCCUCUUCUCUCCCAUUUAUAUCUGUCCAGCAUUUACUCAUUCUUCAGAUCUUAAGUGUUCCUCUCUUGUGUAAAUCUGCACAAAUCUUCAAGGUUGCCCCACUCUGGCAUUUUCAUAGGACACCUCUUAAUUUGCUGCACUCCAGUACAUAGCCCUGAACUUCAUUAGAUAAGAAUUGUAAAUGAUGCUUAGUAAACAGAGAUUUUGCACAUUCUCUGAUAUGUAAGCUAAACAGUUUUUUUUUUUCAGAUUCUGUGCUUAGAUGUACUGUAUAUUUAAAUCCAAGAAAAAUGUGAAAAUAACUUUUUAUGAGAAUUUUUUCUUCAUGCAAGUUAAUUAUUGGGCUCAUUUAUUCAGUGAAAGUACUUUCAAAGCUUCCUUGCAUGAUGGGUAUUUGGCACAGCAGGUAAGACACUAUUUGGAAAACAACAACAACAACAACAAAAGGCCGGCGCCCCAUCUCACUAGGCUAAUCCUCCACCUGUGGCGCCAGCACCCCGGGGUUCUAGUCCCAGUUGCUCCUCCUCCAGUCCAGCUCUCUGCUGUGGCCCGGGAAGGCAGUGGAGGAUGGCCCAAGUGCUUGGGCCCUGCACCCGCAUGGGAGACCAGGAGGAAGCACCUGGCUUCUGGCUUCAGAUGGGCACAGCGCGCCAGCCGCAACAUGCCCACCUAGUGGCCAUUUGGGGGUUGAACCAAUGGAAAAAAGGAAGACCUUUCUCUCUGUCUCUCUGUCUCUCUCUCUCACUGUCUAACUCUGCCUGUCAAAAAAAAAAAAAAAAAAGACACUGGGAUGCCUGCAUGCCAAAUCACAGUGCCUGAGUUCAGGUCUCAGAUCUACCUCCGAUUCCUGCUAAUGUGCAUGCUGGGAGACUGCAGGUGAUGGAUCAGAUAUUAUGAUCCCAGAUACCUCAUGUGAGGCUCACACUGAGUCCCAGGCUUCCGAUUUUGGCCUAGCUCAGGCUUAGAUCCUGCAGGUAUUUGGGGAGUAAACCAGUGGAUGGAGAAUCUUUCUUCUUUCUUUCUCUCUGUUUCUUUGUGUCUUUCUUUUUCUGUCUUCCUGUCUCUGUCUCUGCCUUUCAAAUAAAUAAUAAGUAAAGGAAAUUAAAAGGCUUCAUAGAAUUUUCUUGUUUAGUUCAAAAUAUUUUUUAUAGGUUUAUUCAUUUGAGUGGCAGAAUUACAGACAGAGAGGGAGAGACAGAGAGAAAGGUCUUCCCUCUGCUCACUGGUUUACUCCAGAGCUGGGCCAGAGCUGGGCCGAUCUGGAGCCAGAAGUCAGGAGUUUCUUCCCAUUCCUGCAUGUGGGUGCAGGGGCCCAAGUACUUAGACCAUCUUCCACUGCUUUCCCAUACCAUAAGCAGGGAGCUGGUUCAGAGGAGUAGCACCCUGAAAGGAACCAGCACCUAUAUGGGAUGUUGGUGCCAAAGGUGGGCUCUUAGCGUACUAUGCCACAGCACCUGCUCAAAAUAUUUUAAAAACCAUUUGUCUAUUUGUGUAUGUUUCUAGUAUUUGAUGUUAUUAAGUCAUAGAAAAUAUUGUGUUAACAUAAAUAAGCCCUGAUCAUAUCAAAUGUUAUUUUUGCAUUUUCUACCUAUUCUUUUGCUGAAAAUUAUGUUUAUUUCAUCUUCUUUUGGCUUGCCUUCAUUUUGUAAUACUGACAUCUUUCAAAAAAGAACAGCCCUAUAAAGUAGAUUACAAUGUAUACUAAGUAUAUUGUUGGUUGUGUUACAUCAUAUAUCAUUCUCCCAGUGAUCUCAUGGAACACAUUUCUUUCUGCAAGGAAUAAAGUUGUUAUUCUUAAGAAAUAAAGAUGUUAUUCUUGAACAAUAAAAAAUACUUUGUGCAACUAAGAUGCUUAAAAGUCAUUAUGUUCUCCUUGUCUCAGCAAUAAUUAACAUUUUGAGUGCAUGGUUCUUGAACUAACUUUACUUCUGGCUCUGUCUCAUAUUUUUACCCCUUUGCCUCAUAGUUCUUACUUCCAUCAACUUUAUUUUUAUCCUAGUAUAUUAUUUGAUCCAUAUAUUUAAUUCCUUUAGGAUAAAUAGAGGUGUAAAUAAAUACACAAAGUAUUUUCCAUGUUGAAACACUUAGACCACAUAGAGACUGACAUUAUAAAUACUUUUGGUAUAAAAGCCAAAAUUAAAGUUGAAAUUUCCUGGAAUAUCAUACGUUUUAGGGUAAAAUAUUAUUGUUUUUGGAAAUGAAGAAUCUAAAAAUAGAGUUUUCUUAUGUCUCAACCCCAUGGACACCAAUUUUAGAAGGUUUGUUUCAAAUGAACAGAUUGUCCUCAAGCCUUUGGCUUCAUAGGAUUGCUAAAUACAUUGUCAUGAUUAAGCAUGGAUGAAUAGAAUUUAGCCCAUCAUUGUAAGCUUCCCCUAGAUCAAUGACUUUACGAAUGGAAAAAUAUGUUUUCUCUUCUUCUUCUGUCUAAUCAACAGUUUGCUUAUUAUACUGUCUCCAUAAUUUAUCUUAAAAUCAAUGGGAUCAAUAACCAUUGUUUCCACCUGCUCUUCCUCCAUCCAUUUUAUUGAACACAUAAAUAGCUACAGGCUUUAGAACAUCAUAAAUUAAACUAUAACUAAAAGAUUAAGCAAUCCUAGUGAUCUGAUACAUGUUAGAUGUGUGAAAAGUGGUAUUCUUUCUUUCAGAGAAAAUUGUAAGUUUGAUACUAUGAUCAUUAUAUUGACAGUAUUAAUGCCUAGUUUCAAUUUUUCCCCUGAUUUAUAGUAUAUUUUCUUCUAGGGUAAUAAAAAUUUAUGCCCUCAUCACCUAAAAUAGUUCUAUUCCUGUAUCCACAGAAAAGUGUUUUGGUAUUUUAAUGCAUUAAGCUUAUAUUUGGAAAAUUGAGGUGAACUCUUUGAAUGUUAUUGUGUUAUUAUUUGUAUAAACCAGUUAGGUAAAGGUGCCUUCUGUAUAAUCAUUGUUAUGAAGUAAUUGGGAUUUUGUAAAGAAAAUCUGUUUUAUUAUUUACAUAUUUAAAUGGUAUA